AUGAAUAUAGACCUUUUAAAACAACUAGAAAAAGGUAGUGAACCUGAAGACAUAGACAAACAAGAUGAAAAACAAUUAGCUAUUAAAAUAAAUGCUGACCUUCCAUUGUCAAUUCCAUUGGAAAAUUAUACCUGUCUUAAAUAUUUAGUUGCACUUUUAUAUGAAUUAUCAAAGAAUGCAAAGUCAAAAAUGACACCAAGUACUAUUUCUACUUGUAUCUCUCCUUCUAUAUUCUAUUGUGACCCUUCACUAAAAAAUGAAAAACUUCUUGAGUAUAAUCUCAAGAUCAACGAAAUAUUUUCUUUUAUCAUUUCACAUACACCUGUAGUAUUCCCAUCUGCUAAACGUUGUUUUUCAUCAAGACAAAAAAGUAUUUUUUUACAACACCUUGACUCAACUGACUCUUCAGACUCACAAUCAUCUUAUCAUUCUUCGAAUCCACAACACUCAUCUUCUCCAUUUAUUGCUGAAUCUCCGAGAACAUUAUCCUCAACAGUUUUUAUUGAUAAAAAAGCUAAAGAAAAGAAGAAAGAAAAAGAAAAAAAAUCAAAAAUGUCUCCUCUUCAAAACCAAGGAAGUAUAAUGGAAAAAAAUAUUUCUAAUCUUCAAGAACAAUCACCUACUCCACGCUUUAAAUCUCCACGAUUUUUUGGAAAACGAGGAACUUUAUUUGAAUCUUCGAGGUUGAGUUUAAUGUGA